AUCCAAAAAAAAAUCCUUCAAAAAAAUCCAACAUAUACCUAGUACAUCUAUUUAAGAUCCUCAUUGCCCUCCUGAUUCAACAAAAAAACUCCCACAAUUCUGCCUUAAUUCAACCCAACAGAGCUUGCUUAAAUGGGGUACGAUUCAUUCAGGAACAGAUGGGUAGUUUUAGUAGCAUGCAUAUGGCUAGAAUGUUGCACAGGAGCAUCAUAUGGCUUCAGCAUAUAUUCUCAGACCAUAAAGACCAGAUUUGGUUACAACCAAGAGCAAUUGGACACCAUAGCUGUGUUCAGCAACCUAGGAGUAUUUGGGGGCAUACUCUCUGGCCUGCUAUACCAGUACUGCUCUGCAUGGCUUGUUUUGCUUGUGGGAGCUCUCCACAAUUUGGCAGGCUAUGCAGUCCUAUGGCUGUUUUUGACUGGGAGAAUGGCAUCCCCUGCCUUGUGGGAGCUCUGUGUAGUCACCUGCGUUGCCAUGAACUGUGAGCUAUACUACAACACAGCUUCCAUGGUGACCUGUGUCACAAAUUUCCCAGAUAACAGAGGGAUUGUGGUGGGUUUGAUGAAGGGAUGCGCGGGUCUCAGCAGCGCUGUACUGUCUACUGUAUGGCAGGUUCUGUUUCCGGGCUCAGAUGGGUCUUCUUUCUUGAUUGUGGCCGCCAUAGUUCCUUCUGCUGUGGCCCUUAUGAUCAUGCCAGUUGUGAGGAAAUAUGAGCCUGAGAAUUGUGAAAUUGGGUCUUCAAGAACUAUGCAAUUCCUGGCUAUGGCGUCUGUACCCAUUGUGUUUUUGGCCAUGUUUUUGAUGGGUUCUGCCUUCUGGGAUGCCAACUCUUUGCAGGGAGAUCGAGUGGAAUUUGCAAUUAUACUUGUAAUUAUGGCACUUCCCUUGUAUGUGGCAUGGAAAGCAAUUGCUCACGAGAGAACUUCAACUACAAACUCAAAACUUUUAGAGCCCUUGAAUACAAAAGGGAGUUCAAACUAUUCUGAUAAAUAUUGUAUUAUUGAGUAUGCUAAUUGCUCAUUGUGGAGAGCGAUUUGCAGCCUUGAUUUUUUCUUGGUCUUUUUUACUUCUGCGGUCGCUAUAGCCUCUGGUGUUGUGGCAAUUAACAACAUGAGCCAAGUUGCAACUUCUUUAGGAUAUGCACAACAAGACAUUACCAUAUUUGUCACUUUGAUAUCAGUAGCCCAAUUUUUAGGUCGCUUUGGGUGUGGAGUUUUAUCUGAUUAUUUUCUCUCUAAAUUUGAAGUAGGUAGGCCAUUGUUAACUGCACUAGUAGAGUUGAUUUUGUGUUGUGGGAAUUUACUUAUAAUAAUAGCAGGUACUUUUCCUCGGGCUCUAUACUUAGGUUGCAUUUUUAUAGGAUUCUCGUUUGGAGCAAAUUGGUGUUUAAAUUCCAUUACCGUGUCUGAUUUGUUUGGGUUGGGUCAUUUUGGGGCAUUAUACAAUGUGGUGAUGAUGGGGAAUCCGGUGGUAUCAUAUGUUCUCUCUAUAUGGGUUGCUGGCUAUCUCUAUGAUAAAGAGGGGGCUAAGCAAGGAGGAGGGCAAUGCAAGGGUAGUACAUGUUUUAAUCUUACCUUCAUUAUUUUGGCUAGUAUUUGUGUUUUAGCAACUUUGACCUCAUCCAUUUUGUGGUGGAGAACAAAACAUAUUUAUAGAAAAAGAACAAGUAAAUAAAUAGAUCUUGUUACUAGAGUGGUAUUUGACACACAAGUAUGAGGUUGAGUCGUGAUGGUCUUGUUGAAAGCUAGGUCAUUCAUCUUGAUCCUAUAAACCCCUUGCUUAGGGAUGAUGAUACACUCAAAGAUUGUAAUAUCUUUUUUGAGAGGAGUUGGGGUAAAAAAUGCCAAGUUUGAAUAUUCUGUUAUUACACUUUGAUAUUAUAUUUAAUUAUUAUUAUUAAAUUUUA